AUGGAUGACUAUAGUCCUCAAUCUAAAUCUUCGACACAAGCAUCAGGUUUAUCCAAUUCUACAUCUGGUCAAGUUCCACAAGUAAAAUAUUCAAACAAUCAACAUUCUUCUCAAACAGCUUCCUCGAAUAAUGAUUUACUUGUUUAUAUACCUGAUAUUCCACCAAACAUAUCAGAAAAUGAACUUGAGGAAAUGAUUCAAACUCCUAUCGAUAAAAAUCUACGUAUCAAAAUAAGUGAUAUAAAAUGCUAUUCAAAUCUCUGUGUUGCUGUGAUUCGAUUAAUGAAUGAAGAAGACAAAAAACAUCUUGUUUCUAAUGUUCAAUCAAUGAUUCUCGACGUGAAACAUAAUACAAAUAUAUUGUUCGUUGAUGAGCUCGAUCUCGAUUCUUAUAUAGUACUCGAUCGAAAUAUAUCCAAAAUUCCUACUGCUGAUGAAGUGGCUCGUCGCUAUAUGCAAGUAUAUAAAAUAGCAGGCCUUCGUCCAUGUCAACAGAUAUCCGUUCAGUUUCCAAAUAUUUUUUGUUUCUCUCUGAAUACAUUCGAUAAACUUGUUAAAGCAGUUAAAAAUCCAGAUUUUAAAAUUGGAAGUGCCUUUGCUACUGUUUAUUUGCGUGCUGGUUGUAGUUAUGUUGAAGAUUUACCACCAUAUACUAACGAUGAAAAAAUUUCAUCAGCCAUUGCCACUCAAAUUGGUGAAAAUAAACUUCAACCUACGUCUUUUUACGUGCAAUAUAAUAAACAGACAGUAACAGUUAUGUUAAAUACAAUAGGUGUUGUUCGAAAGAAAAAAUAUGUAGUUGAUGGCGAAGAAACAAUUUUAAAAUCUGAACCUAUGAAAACAAUUCGAUACAAUCAUCAAUCAAAAUUAUUAUACGGAAAAAUAAUUGCGCAAACAGAUAUGAAAACACCAUAUCCAUCAACAAAUAUUAUUGUAAUUAAUGAAGAUUGUCUUGUUCUUUAUGAAAAAUUAGUCUCCGAAGGAUAUCGACCAUUAUUAUUAAAUAUGGCAAAUGCAACUAAUCCUGGCGGUGGAUAUCGUAAAGAUGAUGGAGCACAAUAA